AUGGAUCGUACAAACGGAAACAAUGUACCUGCCUUUACCACUGAUCCUUGGGUCAGAUCCGCAUGGAUUGCUUUCUUCACUCUCUUCGCCAUUUGGGGUUUAUCUUACUUCAUUCGUCAUGCCUUUGGUAAACCUGAUGCCUAUAACCGAGGUAAUCCUAACACCACUGGUGCCGCUGCUGUAGAUGAUCCGGAAGCUGCUGCUGCUGGUACUGAUAAGAAGGGCAGAUGGGGUCUUCAUCAUGAUACCUUGUCUGAUCGUUUUGCUCGAUCCCACCAUGUUCUGCGCGAUAACACUCUUAUGCUUUUGUCUGUCCUUACUUUGAACACUUUUGGUGCUGGCUCUACUCGUGCCGUAAUGAUUUUGGCUUGGAUCUUCUUUGCUUUCACUGUCAUUCACGCUCUUACUGAACUUGCCAUCAACCACCAUUUCAUUCGUCUUUUCUUCAACCUCCUUUUCUACGCAUUGACCCUUGCUAUUGGUGGUCUAGCUUUCAAAUACGGCUGGUACACGCAUGGUUCCAUCUUUUAA